UUUUUUGCUUGCUUUUUUCCUCUCUUGAGCAGGGAUGUAGAUUCUCUGAGCAGAAACUUCUAAUCUGCCAGCAGCAGCCGCUGGGUCUCCUCCAGUUUUCCCAGAAGCUUUUCCAUUUUUCCUAAUUGCUUCAUCAGAAAUGGCACUGAAAGAAAACAUUUUACCCAUCAGUGAGAUGUCGAGUCCUUUCCCAGAGGUAGUGGAGCUGAAUGUAGGAGGACAGGUGUAUGUUACUAAGCAUUCUACCCUCAUUAGCGUUCCUGAGUCUACUUUACACAGCAUGUUUACCAAGAAUCAGGUGAAAGAACUACCCAGGGACAAUCGGGGUCGUUUCUUCAUAGAUCGAGAUGGCUUCCUCUUCAGGUACAUUUUGGAUUUCCUAAGGGACAAACAACUGGUCCUUCCAGAUCACUUUCCUGAAAAGGAGAGGCUGUUGCGAGAGGCAGAAUAUUUUCAGCUGAAUGAUCUGCUUAAACUUCUAACGCCCAAGGUCACGAAGCAAAGCUCUAUGAAUGAUGAAGGAUGCCAGAGUGAUAUUGAAGAAAAUUCUCAGAGCAGUGACCUGGCCAGGGCUGCUGCACUUGACAAAAGAUCAGGAUUUAUUACCAUAGGCUACAGAGGCUCUUAUACCAUGGUGAGAGACAACCAAGCUGAUGCCAAAUUUCGACGAGUGGCUAGGAUUAUGGUGUGUGGCAGGAUUGCCUUGGCAAAAGAAGUGUUUGGUGAAACUUUAAAUGAGAGCAGAGACCCGGAUCGACCACCAGAGAAGUAUACUUCACGAUUUUACCUGAAGUUUACUUACCUAGAGCAGGCUUUCGACAAGCUGUCUGAAGGGGGCUUUCAUAUGGUGGCUUGUAAUUCUACAGGGACUGCUGCUUUUAUCAACCAGUAUAGAGAUGACAAAAUCUGGAGCAGCUACACUGAAUACAUCUUCUUUAGGCCAGCCCAAAGGAUGGUAUCUCCAAAACAAGAUUGUGAAGAAAGAAAACCAGAGAAAAUUCCAGACAAAGGAAGCGAAAGUGGAACUUCACUUAAUGAGCUCUCUACCUCUAGCUCCGAAACUCAUUCAGAAAUCUCCACUCCACAAGACAAUGCCCCCUGUACACCACAGCUUCCUCCACACCAGCCAAGCACACUUACCUUGGACAGGCCUUCAAAGAAAGCGUCUGUUCAGUGGAUGCAACCGCCAGACAAGCGUAGGAACAGUGAACUUUUUCAGACACUAAUAAGUGCCCCUAGAGAGACAAAUCUAAACAAAAAAAAAGUCAAUGAAAAAUUAAGUGCAGAGGAAGAAAUGAAACAGUGCAUUCAGGAUUUUAAAAAGAUCAAAAUACCAGAAGAAUUUCCACAACGUAAACGUCAGUGGCAAAAUGAACUUUUAAAAAAGUAUGGACUCUGAGAAAUUCUCAGACCCUAGAGAUUAAGUUAAUGGUUUACCAGUCAAUCAGCAUACAGCUUUUAAUGUAUUUGACCAUGGUUUGAUCAUAAUAGGUUUAGGAAAUGAGUUUAGUCAAGCCUAAAGUGGAAAAAUUAAAUGGUUAUGGAACUGACACAGGUCAAUGCAAAUCAAGUAAUGGAAUUUUAAGAAGUAAAUCACUCAUAAUUAAAGAAUUGAUGGUUAGACACCAUGAGCCCAAUAAAAUGUGCAAAAAUGUUCACUACUCAGUUUCUGAAAGAGAGGGAAUAUUCAAAUAGAAAAUCCUCAUGUCAAAAUCUUUCCAGUGGAUUGUUAUAAAAAAUCCAAUUAAUUCAUUCUUGUGCAGACGUAGAACUGAUAAGAAUAACUUUGUAUACCUCAGCAAAAGUAUUAUCUACAGAUGACAAACAGAAGAAAUAAGGUUCAUGUAUAGUUUUCUUAGUUAUGCAAAUUGCAGAUAUCAACUGUUGUCUGUUUAUAGUCAAUGAUAACUACUGUUACAAACUAUUUUUUAAUUGUGCUGUGUUAUUAAUGUGAAGAAAACGUGGAAGCAAAAACAAAACCGUAUUGGUAAUCAAUUUUAGAAGUGUUUCAAUAAUGUCACUGUAUUGCCUGUCAGAAUUGCCAAUUUAUAUUAAAUCAUGAAUGUGUAAAUUAAAGUGCUCUGUUGUCCGGGUGUUUAGUAAUGGUGUAUUUUGACAAGUAGUCAGUCAUUUUGCAGAUAGGGUAAAGUCUUAUUAAGAUAAAGAUAUAAACUAGUAAUCAAUUUUACUUACUAAAUUAUUUUAUUGAUAUAAAACAAGAUAUAUGUAUGCAUUCAUGUACUUGGUAAAUACUGUACUGUAACCACAUGCAUAAAUGUAUUUUGUAUAUAUUGUAGGUAACAGGCACAUAGAAAAAGAAAGGCAAUUUUUUCCAAACAAAGAGACCUUUGGAAUUCUUUUCUGAUCUUCUUUCAAUAACUGGUUAUUUUAACAAAAGUGAUAAAACACAGUAUUAUGGCUUUAGAUUUGCCUAAUAGCUGAUUCUUAUUAAAAUUUCAAAGAGGGUAGCCACUUAUCAUAUAUAGAAUGCAAUAUUGC